AUGAAGACGCGCUCGUCUGGGUCGGCCGAUGGCGGUUCUGAAUCCUCCGGAGAGUCUGAUGUCCCCAAACCGAACAAAGUCGAUCGUGCCGAUACCCCAGCAUUGCCCACGUCCGCAACGAGGAGCAGAAGCGCCGCCAAUGGCCUCGCAUGGAAGAAUGGAAACGGUCAUAGCAGCAGCACCAACGGCAACGGCCAUGCAAAAAAAAGCGACACUACCGCCAUGGUGACGCCUGUACCGCCUGUACCGCCGAUCCAGCGCUCUUUAUCUCCCACAACUUCCAACACCACGCCGACAAAGACGAGCCACGGAGCGACAAUGCCUUCGAAUGUGUGCCGAAGCCUAUGGUCUAUGUCGGCCUUCUCCUUGAUGACGGCGUCUCUGGGCAUAAUCAUACUACUCGCUAUUGUCAACUCCUUGUUCACCUUCCGACUUGACCCCAAGGGCUACCAUAUGUCCUACAUGCGACCAGACUAUGUGCAAUAUCCUGAGUUCGACACUGAACAUACCAGGUUCGCUACCAAAUACUCGCUGUACUUGUACCGUGAGCAAGGAGUAGACGAUCCCAAUAGGCUCCAUGGUAUACCUGUCCUCUUCAUCCCAGGCAACGCUGGAAGCUACAAGCAGGUGCGCCCCAUCGCUGCCGAGGCCUCCAACUACUUUCAUCAACAGCUGCAGAACGACGGACACUCAGUUGAUUCCGGGAUCCGCAACCUUGAUUUCUUCACCGUCGACUUCAACGAGGACAUUACCGCUUUCCAUGGCCAAACUCUGCUUGACCAAGCCGAGUACCUAAAUGAGGCCGUUCGCUUCAUCCUUGGCCUAUAUUCAGACCCUCAGCAAACCGUCCGCGAUGCACAGCUCCCUGACCCGACUUCCGUCAUCGUCCUGGGCCACUCUAUGGGUGGUGUAGUUGCCCGGGCGAUGCUGGUACGGCCGAAUUACCAAACGAACUCGAUCAACACAAUCAUCACCAUGUCGGCUCCUCAUGCUCGGCCUCCUGUCACUUUCGAUCGCCAGAUUGUUCAGAUAUACGACGAGAUCAACAGUUACUGGAGGGAAGCAUAUUUGCAAAAAUGGGCCAACAACAAUGCGCUGUGGCAUGUCACUCUCGUCUCGAUUGCCGGCGGAAAUCUGGAUACUAUUGUGCCGUCGGACUACGCGAGCGUCGAAUCACUCGUCCCCGAGACCCAUGGUUUCACCGUCUUCACUACAGGAAUUCCGACUGUCUGGACCAGUAUGGACCACCAAGCCAUCUUAUGGUGCGAUCAGUUUAGAAAAGUUGUCUCACGAGCUCUGCACGAAGUCGUGGAUGUCAACCGCGCCUCCCAGACAAAGCCUCGUGCCGAAAGGAUGCGUGUGUUGAAGAAGCGAUUCCUUUCAGGUCUUGAGCCCGACUCCGAGAAAGCGGCACACGUCAAAAGAGGCACAACUCUCCUUACCAUCGACCACGCCUCCGCCAGAAUCGUUCCAGCCGGAGAUCGUCUGGUUCUGUCCAAGCUUGGCAGCCAUCAAAGGGGUAAGGCGCACUUAAUGCCCUUGCCCCCGCAAGGGUCCCCAGAGUUGAGGCGCUUCACAUUGCUGAGCAGUGCCGGCCUUGAAGAGAAUGGUAAGAGUGGGAUUGAAGUUCUGCUCUGCAGUGUCUUCACCGGGUCUAGCUCACCACUUACUUCGAGCAUCAACCUGUCUGAAGGGUCUGGCAGUUCUACCAAGCUGGCCUGCGAGAAUGCCGCAGACGAUGCAGUCGUACUGCCGGCCUCUACAUUCUCCAGUCGUUACCCGUUCCUCCUUGAAGGAGAACAUGGUCCGGAACCGUUCUCGUACCUUCAGUACGAUCUCGAUCGUCUUUCGGAACAUCAAUUUGUCGUCAUCGUGGAUAAGGCCCCGACAGAAACACGCCAUUUUAUGAUUGCUGAGUUCAGCGGCCACUCGGAAUUCCACCAGCGACAUGAUAUCACCCUACAGAAUCUUCUUACCUUUGGCCUUUCUACAACCUUGCCUGCGGGUCGCCCCAUGGUUGCGGAAUUGGAGAUACCGAGUAUCACCUCCAGUUUACUAGCCUACCGCCUAGACCUCAAGGGCGAAUCUGUAGCAGACAAGACAGCACUAUUCGCACCAAUGGUCCGUCAAUACGUUGACCGGCCAUACGAGUCUCGCUUCUUUGUCAAUACCGACCGUAUCGAUGUCCGACUUCAUGGCACGGCCCCCUACGUGCCACCGUCUCUCUCGAAGCGACCCCGGAAAGGGCUCACAUUUCAAUUUUGGGUCGACCCGUCCAUUGAAUCACCGUUGCAUAUUCAACUCAGUGUGGACAUCCUGGGGAGCCUUGGAAAUCUGUACAUGCGCUACCGCACCAUUUUGGCAGCAUUUCCACUGCUCAUCGUUACGCUUGUUCUGCGCAAGCAGUUUCGAGUGUAUGAUCGGACAGGGAUGUUUGUCUCAUUCUCGAGGAGCCUGGAUCUAUCCCUGAGGCAGUCCAUCCCCCUGCUGCUCCUGUCAAUGACGCUGCUAUCAACAUCGGUGGGAGAGGCUGCCAUCUCGAGAUGGUGGCCGACACUAAACGGAAAGGGCUUAUCUCCCCACGCCCUGAACUUCCAUCGAAAUGAUCUGUUCAUUGGCACUGACGACCCUUUCUUCCGGGCUCUAGUCCCCCUCAUUGGGUUGGUAUGCAUCGGUAUCUGCGUCGGUCUUCACUACUGCACUCUGGUCGUGACAUACAUCCUGGCUGCUCUUUACGGCCUAGUUGGCCCGUCACUGACGCCGGGUUCCAACAUGGAGCCGCGACGAAUCCGAUCGUCUCUAGUUCCCUCGACGCCUCGAAGAAGAAUGAUAACCGCAGUAGCUCUGCUUCUCCUGGUAUCAUUCUUCAUCCCAUACCAGUUUGCUUACCUGGUCGCAUGCUUGGUGCAGCUUUUCACCGUCGUGCGAGCACUGCACGCCACGGGACAUGCUUCCAACAGCAGCUACAACUACUACCACUACACCCAUUCGGUGCUACUCCUCAUGCUCUGGGUACUGCCAAUCAACCUCCCUAUUCUGGCGGUAUGGAUUCGUAACUUGGCCGUACACUGGCUCACGCCCUUCUCAUCUCACCAUAAUAUUCUAUCCAUCAUGCCGUUCAUCCUGCUUGUUGAGAAUCUGACAACGGGAAGGAUGAUUCCACGCCUCAACGGCGGCUUAUGCCACGUCACGAGCGUACUUCUGUUUGCCACAGCGCUGUGCGCUGGAGUAUACGGCGUCUCCCACGCCUAUAUUCUUCACCAACUUGUGAACGUGAUAGCCGCCUGGCUUGUCAUAGUCCAUUCAACGACGAAUCCGUGGUCCCUCAACGGCAUUGGUACCAUGUUCGGUGGAAAUACCGCCGAAGCUUGGAAAGGUGGCAAGGCGCCUUGA